AUGGCGAUAAAUAUCUCACAGCAACAUUUUCUCAACUAUAGUGGAUUCGCGUACGGCGACGAAACAUACUAUAAUGAAAAUUAUUUACCAUUUGUAGAAUUUCAAAUGACAAACCAGCAAAAAGUUUGCUCGUUAUUAACAACGACAAAAGAACGUUUUUCUAGUGCUUCUCCUAACAUAGACACGAAAAUAACAGUAGCAAAAAAUGAUAACCACAUGACAAACGACAAAGAAGCACCUUCACAAAUAAUAUCCUCGUUACUUAAUUACAUCGCAAAUGAAUUUGACCAAGAUUUAGACCGUGGAUCUUGUGAAUCACCUGGACUCUCCUCCUCUUCUUCAAAUUCAGGCCCUCAGACCCCAGUGAAUCAAACUAUUACAGAACGAAGAAACAGACUUUUUAAAGAUGGCGGACUUUUUGUCCCGUUUUCUUCUACGCCCGCAAUGACAUCAACCACGACCGAUAUCGAAAAAACAGAGCUGAUACUAAAAACGGUAAUAAGAGAAAGAACGGGAUAUUUUGAUGGAUGGGACGGUGAAAUUAUUGAAGAACCACCAUCAUCAAUAUUUGGUGAUGACUCGGAUACGGCAAAUACCGACACCGUUUCAUUACCACUUCUUGGCUCGGAUAAUCACAAAGGAGCAUUGCUAAAUGAUGAUAUUGGAUUAUUCGAGGAUAGCAAUUCAUCCAAUAACAUAAAUAACAGAAUAACAAGUACAGCAACAAAUUUAUCUGUGCUUAAUGCUGAUUUUGAAAAAGGAUUCUUCAAAACGAUAUUUCGUAGCGGUAAAUUAAUAUCACAAAACACUUACGAGAAUAAAAAUGGUCAACGAAAUUUUAAUAAUACGACAGAAUUAACACCGCAACAGCAAUAUCAGCUCAAUAUGCGACGUCAUUUAGAGCAGGCACUGCAUGUGGCUCGAAAGAAGUCAGUUUCGGCUACUUUUCGACGUGAAGUUUGUCGUGUUAUCGAAAAAUGA